AGUUCGUGAUUUGAGAUCUCAAUUUGCGGCGCCUCGAGACAACUCUGUGGCUCGUGUUGAUGGCCUCCAAUUUGUGGAGUUCGCGGCGAGAGGAUCCACACGAUUCCUGUGAAUUCGCUGAAGGGCUCGGUUCAAGUUUACUCCCAAGAAAGUUGAGUACUUGUAUAAUUUGGUUCUACGUACGUUGGAGUUUCUAUCAAAGCAAAUAUGAAGUGAAUGUAUACCAUGGUUGCCACUGUUUAUAUCAGAGGAGUGAUGUCAUUUUUGUCCAGCGCAGCCUAAGAGAUGUUUUAGAAAAGUCCCAACACUUUGAGUUUAAGGUAGAGGAUCUCGACCAGACCAAUAACUAGGAGGCAGUUUUUGGAGAAGAAAAGCAUAAAAAAGUAAGACAAGGAAGAAGAGUUGAAAUCAAAAGAGUUAAUUAAG